UUAAAGUCUAAAAUUAUAAGUACUGAUACGGAACAAACAAAAGGUCUUGAGGCAAGCACUAUGAAUGAAAUAUCAGCUGAAGGAAAGGGCACUAGAAACUCUUCAACUACACCAACAUUUAUUACUGAAAGUUCUGCAGAUAAUGCAAAUGAUGAAUACGUAGAGAGGAGUACACAAAGCAAUGUUAAUCAGAAAACAGGAAGCGGAACAGAAUUAAGCCACAGUGAAUUAUAUGCUCCAUUAGCAGGUGGACUGGUAUUAUUUCUGUCUUUAUUCGUUGGAUUCAAUAUUUGGAUAAGUCGAAAAUGCCGAACUGUGAAUUUUAAAAACGAAGAGGAAUUUCUGAGAGUAAAUACUUCAAGCAGUGCCCCCAUUUCAAAUACAGGCACAAAUUAUCCUCAAGUUGAAAACCAUGUGUCGGUAUAUGAGAUGAUAAAUGAAAACGAGAUGAUACAAUAG